AUGGCGGUGACGCGACGCGGUUACAUUUUUUGCGCGUUUUUGUUAAGUGUCCUGAGCAUAUUGUUGAUUGUGGUUGCUGCAGCCAGCGAUAGUUGGGUAGUAUCAAGUGCAUCGGAAUCUGGUCAAGAAUUAGACAGUCAGUUACGAUAUGGCCUGUUCACUGGAGUGUGGGAGGAUUACACUCUCAUCACGCCGGUUAUGAGCACUCUCCAUAUGACAUGCGUGCCUGGCAAAAACGCUUGUGCUCUGAGCUGUAAAACAACUAGAGAAGCGAGGAUCACCGAGGUGGAAGCGUUAGCCAAUGGUUACCGUCCGACGGUCACCUGCACUUCAGUAAUAACAGUCGACACAGAAAACCCAUUAUCAACGCCGCCAGUGAUAUCCUUUAUUUUCUACCUCUUUCUACUUCUGGUGCUGUUCCUGCAACUGCUGUUCGCAAUAUUCUCUGCAGGGCUGGCUAUCAUGAACUCCACUAAGAAUCCAACCGAACCAAUAUUUGGAUUACCAGGUUGUCUUUGGGCUAAUGUUAUAAGUUUAAUACUGGGGACAGCAGUGCUCCUAAUGUUCGGCAUAUACUGGGCCACGUCCACUCUUCAGGACCAUCUGGCGUUCUCCUUUGUAGCUCUCGGCUCUUAUGGUCUAUCACCUUCGCUUGGAUACUCAUAUUGGUUGUUAAUCGUGGCGACUGCAGCCUCACUCCUGAAUAUCGUACUUCUUCAGUUGAGAGAAUACAUGCUGGAGAGAGAUCCACCUCCUCCCACGCUGAAAGUAGAAAACCACUCAGAUGGCACGAUAUUUUUAUAUUAGUCUAGUAAUUAUAAGGAAACCGGAAGACGCAGCGUGGGAAGGCCUCCAGCAAGGUGGACCGACGAUCUGGUCAAGAUCGCUG